AUGACAUCAAAUUAUAGAAACUUUCCAGUUCCCAAUUCAAUAUCUGUAAAUACAACAAAUCUUUCACAGAGUACUCCUAAUGUAAUUAAUACAGAGGAUGGUAAAAUUAUUUGUGUAGCUGAUAUAAGAGGAGACAUUUCUCGAUUAAAUAAUUUAGCUGAAGAAACCAAUGCAUCAUAUAUAAUUCAUUCUGGUGAUUUUGGAUUUUAUGAAAGUGAAAGCCUUGGUCGCAUGAGUGAUAGAACUCUUCGUCAUAAUAUACAAUAUACUAUACUUAUACCUGAACGUGAGAAAUCACGGCUUCUUUCUCUUAAUUCAACAGAAUUACGUAAAGUGAUACUUGAAUCCGAUUUACCACUUCUCUCUGAAUUUUCACUUUUUAAAGAAGGAAAAAAAACUCUUAAAGUUCCCGUGUAUACAAUUUGGGGAGCUUGCGAAGAUGUAGCUGUUCUUGAGAAAUUUCGUACUGGUGAAUAUAAAGUACACAAUCUAAACAUUUUAGAUGAAGCAAUGACUUAUUUGAUUGAUAUUGGUGGUGUGAGUUUACGAUUAUUUGGAUUAGGCGGUACUGGAACUAUAGCUGGUGGUCAGGGAACUAUGUGGACAACAAUUUUACAAAUUGGUAAAUUGGUUGAUACUGCUCAAAGAGUAUUUGAUAGUAGUGAAACAAGAGUGCUUGUAACACAUGCUAGUCCUGGUCGUGAAGGUCUUUUAGCACAAUUAUCAAUUAUGUUACGUGCUGACUUUACCGUAUCAGCAGGUCUUCAUUUUCGUUAUGGUAUUUCUUAUAAUGAAUUUUCUGUACAAGCUGACCAAGAAAGUUUCCGUCGGAAACUGGAGACAUCUCGAAUAAAUUUUUAUGAGACUUGGAAAACUGUUAAAAAUCAAGUAGAGAAUCGUAUUGACGAAUCACAAAAACAAUUGUUGCAGAAUGCACUUAGUGUUGUUGAUCGUGUGCCUUUACCUUCCAAAGAAGAAUAUUCUUUUAAAAAUAUGUGGAAUUUUAACUUACCAGACGCUCAAUUUGGUUGGGUUUCAUUGGGUAUUAAGGAUGGCAGAAUUUCAGCUGAAACGAAAGCACAAGGGUUUAAUUUCGCUUAUCGUAGAAAUAAUACUUCUGCAAUAUUAAAUGUAAAUAACAUUCCUGGUAAUUCGCAAACUUCGGCAAUUGUUGAACCAAAUAGUCCUAUUACCACUACAGCUGAUCGUCAUGUUAAGCGUCCACAACCAUCUCCUAUCAUUCAUCCUCAAAUUAUAACCAAUGGUAUAACCAAUAAUAAUACAAUUACGCAAUCUCCAUUUUUGACAACACAAAGAUCUUCAUCACCAGUACCGAUAGCGCUCAAUGAUGAUAAUAAUAAUAAACCAUCUUGGAAUAGCAAUAAUGUGAAAGAGCACUUUACUGCAGUUGGUUGUCAGGUUGAAAAGGUUAGAUUAAUGAACGAUAAGGUGACACAAAAACCAAGAGAUUUUGGUUUUAUAGAUUUUAUAGAUUCUGAUUCAAUUGAUAAAGCGUUGACAUUGAAUGGCCUGCUGAUCCAUAUCAUGAUAGUCGAGGAAGAGGACGUGGUAUUCGUGGUAAGGGUCGUUUCGUGA